AUGAUAAAAGUCAUUAAGGAUGAUGCUCGAGCAAAUUAUUACAAAAACUCAUAUUAUGCAGAAGAGGAGUUUAAAAGAGCAAUGGUCAUAAAGAAAAAAAAAGACAUUGAUAUUGAGGUUAAAAAACCCUACACAACUAAACCAGGACUAGCUAAAAGAAAGAAGGCUGAUCUAAUGGAACUGAUUAACAAAAACCACAUUCCGAGGUACUACAGACCUUUUUACAAGUCUUUGUAG